AUGCCUACAACAACUCGUGUCGGUACCGAAUCCGCAGCCAACAAGGCUCUCGGCGGUGUCCCCACGGUUCAUUAUUUUGACUUCAUGUCCCGUGGCCGAGGCCAAACCGUUCGCCUAUUCUGCGAAGAUGCCGGGAUCGCCUACGACAAUCUGUUGUACUCGAUGGAAGAGUAUCCGCAGUUCAAGGAGCAGUUGAUCAAGAAACUGAACCCGACUGGAAACAUUCCCGUGGUGGAGCUCAAUGGCAAGAUUCUCGUGCAGAGUUAUGCCAUUCUGCGCUACUUUGCUCGUCUGCUCGACGCCUAUGACGGCAAGACGCCCGAGGACAAGUACUUUGUAGAUGUCAUUACCGACAUUGUCACCGACUGGCGUACCUUGUUCGUCACGGCUUUCCUUUCACAGAACAAGGAGGACUGGCCCAAGCACCAGCAGGGAGACCGCAACCACUACCUUGCAGCCAUUGAGCGGCAUCUCCAGGAGAAUGCCUCUGCACAAACUGGGUCGUAUAUUCUUGGCAAUGAUUUCACGUACGGCGAUAUCCUAUUGUAUCAAAUCCUCCACGAUGAGGGUCUUGUCCAAGACGGUCGCAAGGAGCUUCAGGGCUAUCCCCGGAUCAACAAGUUUGUGGAGGCUACAGAGGCCAGGCCAAAUAUCAAGGCUUUUCUCCAGAGUGAUCGUUACAGAGGCUGA